AAUUUAAUUUAGUGAUUGCUUUGAAAUUAUAACGUAGAGGACUAAAUUCACUUUCAUCUAAUUUUUAAAUAAACCUUAAAAACCUUCUUGUUUAUUUGAAAUGGAAACCGCGAUUGCCAAUAAUCCCAAUACGGAGAUAAAUUGGCAACAAAUUCAAUCUUUAGUGAAUACAAUAAAUCACGUUUUAAUUGGUUUAAUUGGCAUUUAUACAACAUUGCUCGCAAAGAGCUUAAAUUUUCAAGAUACUGCUUUACAUAUGUUUUUGACAAUUAUUGGAAUACAUGUCUUAGGUGCCGAAGCAUUAAUGUCUCAUUAUCCCUACAAUCCCCUAACAAAUCGCUUAUCUCAUAGGAAUAAAUGCAGAUAUCACGCCGUUCUACAAAUGAUUGGUGGUUCGAUGGCUUUGCUGGGAGUCGUGGGUAAAAUUCGAUCGACAGAGGUGCAUUUUGCAACGUGGCAUGGUAAAAUAGGUUUAUCAGCUGCGUUUAUGUGCUUUAGCAGUCUAUGUGGUGGUUUCUUAAAUUAUUUCCAACCGAAAUUUAUACACAAAAUUUAUACUAAGGCUGAAGUUAAAUAUCGUCACAAUUUUUUUGGUAUGAUCACCUUCUCAUUGGGUAUUGCUACCAUUCUCUUGGGUUAUUUUACGCAAUUCUUUUUCAAAUAUGUCGAUGAAAGCAUAACACCAGCUUUUGUGUUAGCUACAGCAUUAAUGUACGUCAUAACAAUAAUUUCGCCCCUUCAAUCCUUCCGAAAUAAACUUAAACAUCGAAAAAAGUUUAUCAAUUAAGCAAUCUAACAAAAAAAUAAAUAAAUAAAUAAAUAAGAAUUGAAAGUUAUCUUCUGCAUCGUUUU